AUGUUCGACCUUCGGGUAUUGCGACUGGCACGCCCAUACGUCAAGAAUCCCAAACCUGGUCAGGAUCGCGAGGGCACUGGACAGGGCCUACAAUCGCGCACGCGCAGAGCUCGACCUAGCGUGUGGCUCGAGCGUGGAGGGAAACCUGUCACAGCCGACUCUGCAAAGUUCGUCGAGCACGUUAUGAUGCAUGUGAAAGGUCGUGGCCACCAGGCACUCGUUGCCAUGCACGAGAAGCGCGUGGCGGACUAUAAAGCAUCAUCGAGAGCCGGGGCCACCUCUCCGCCGAGACCGCAACCGUCACAUCUUCCUCCUCAACCUGGCCAACCUGCUGCAGGGGAACAAACGCCUGCCCUGUGCGACCCGAGACGGCCAGAUGGCGCUUCCAUACCAUCGGCUUCUGGAUCUGAAGUCUCCACCUCCACCAACUUAUCGACUUCCCAGCACCCGGUGGCCUACGUAGCACAGGCCUCACCGCGCACCUCCUCCGCGCCUCGGAAACCGCAAACCGCCUGCGACGCCUCAUCCUCAACACACGAGCAGAGAGCAAGCGUAGGGAUAGCCCGCCGUCCUUCCAUCCCUACUGCGCUCGCCGCGAUCCCGGAACGUACUGUCUCUGGUCCCCUUCCCCCUUCUUUGUCCCACUCUGCCUCGGCUCCCACCCUCCCUCCUUCACCGGUAUCUCCCUCGUUCCCAUCUCUUCCUCCUCCGUCAUCCACCGCCGGGCCGGACGCUGCUACACGUUUUUGCGAGGAGUUCGGGCUCGACGAGGACAUCGCGGCGCACUUGCGCGGAUUGGGCAUCAACGGCGACGCGCGGAUCGUCGCGCUCGGACGGGCGUCGGCGAAGGCGCAGACGACGCUCUUGCAGAAGCUCCAGAGCGCCGGACUGGACUGGACCGCACGUCUGCUGGUCAUGGACGGGCUCGCGCGGCGCGCGGCCGCGGCCCAGUCUGGGCAGAGCGCGCUCGACCGAACGCGGGGACGAACGACGUGA